CCUGAAAUCCAACUGCAGCUGCACCAAGAAGAAGGCAUCGAACGGAUGAUGGGAAUGGAAAGGUCGUAUCGAGGUGGUAUCCUCGCCGAUGAUAUGGGUCUGGGCAAGACAUUACAAAUGUUGACAUUGAUUAUGCGGCAACAACCGAAGCUUGAUAUCAGAGCAUGCACUUUGGUUGUCGUCCCUUCGCGCGGUGUGGCAGAUCAGUGGGCUGAAGAGAUCCGAACAAAGACGACCUAUGGUAGUUUGCCGUACUUUAUCUACAACGAAGAAACGUCUAUGCUACUUGAACAACCAUGCUUCCGCGUUGUGAUAACCACGUAUGAUCGAUUAAGAGCAGAAUUCCGAAACAGACAACUGACAGGCGUAUCGGCGCCACUGGUGGAUAUGGAUUGGCACCGCGUGAUUCUCGAUGAAUCCAACAAAGUCCGAACAAUGAAGACGGCCAUUACUGAAGCUGUUUUGGAAUUGAAGGCUCGUUAUCGAUGGUGUUUGACGGGAACACCGUUACAGAACGAAAUCGCCGAACUCUAUCCAAUCUUUGCCUUUUUGGAAAUCCCGGUCGAAAGUAACUUGAGGGGCAAUGUGGAUUACAUUUCAACGCUACUGAAACGACACAUGCUUCGACGCACGAAAAAGAGUCUGCUGACAUCAUUGACCAUCCUACCACAAAAGGAAGAGCGUGUUGUUUUGGAAUUCACGGACCCAGAACGCGCGUUAUACGAUUACUUGGAGCGUAUUUUGUACAAACGCAUUCGUGACUCCAAAGAUAACGAUACGAAUGAAUACAGUACAUCCAUGACGGCCGCUGCAUUACUCUAUCUUCGUCUUAAACAAACAUGUGGACAUUUUAGAAUCCUGUUGAACAAGUUUCCAGAUCUGAUUCCGGCUGUCCAGCAGUCUUCAGCAGAUGAGGUGAUUGAACGAUUGGAUACGGACGAAGAAGUACGGGCGCAGAAUCACAAUGAAGAGACCGAAGUGAACGAAGCAUUUGAUAUUAUUGAGAGUUUCUAUGUGCAAUUCCACGAAGACGAGCAACCACCUGACAUGGAUGCAUUGCAAAAACUGCCGUUCCUGCAGCAUUCGACCAAAGUGGGUUGGCUGAUCAAAUUCUUGAGAGACACCUUGAAUAAGGGCAGACUCGAUAAGAUUGUGGUCGUCACUCAGUUUGUCGAUCUGCUUCAGGAAAUUUCAAGCGUCCUCAGUUCUAUCAAUAUUCGUCACAAUUGCUACCAUGGCGAUAUGAGCGGCUCUGCACGCAUGGUCAGUCUUCGUCAAUUCAACCAUCAUGCUGAAAUCAGAGUGAUGCUAUUGUCACUUAAAGCAGGUGGUGUGGGUCUAAACUUGCAGCGCGCAAAUCACAUGGUGAUUCUCGAUCGAUGGCAAGUAAAUAAAGCUACUGUCUUGUAUAAUUAAACCCCCUAUACUAAAUGUGUCUUUUGUGUUUUUCUAUGGAGAUUAGGUGGAAUCCAGGUAAGUUGUGUUGAUAGGGCAAAGAUAUUAGAGACUGCUGACAUUAUCUUGAUUCUUUCUUGCUUAAACAUUCAAAAAGCUACAAUGG